AAUGAUAUCGCUGGUUACAUGGCGCGGCGUUAUCUGUCAGUCAGUCGAUGCUGUGAUUUCUGCCGCUGCUGUUUGAGCCUCCUCGUCAAUGUUUGGGCCCCACGCGGACUCUCCCCGGUUACUAGGUAGCGGCUGUAACCAGGCAACGGCGCUUCCAACACAGAGCGCAGCCUCCAGGCUUGCAGCCAUCUUCCAAACGACCACCGAGUACAAGCGAACGCACGGACAGUACUCUCUGAGCACGGGGGAAGCAGGGACUUUUAACCUAAAGUCUUCUCAUUCACAAGAAAAAGGACCCGCAAAAAUGACUAUGGUUCGCGGUAAUCCGGCAAGAAGAGGAUGUUGUGGGGUUAGGGGGCCGGGGAACGGUGACCUUUGACAGCGCCGGCGCUGGGGAUGCUGGGUAUUGUAUUGUUUUGGGUUGGGAUAGGGGGAGGGGAGACCUGUCAACUGGAGGGUGCAGUCUGGGGGGGGGGGAAAGGAAGCUGUGUACUAUAUGUGCGAGUGGGAUUGUUGUCUUCUAGUCUAGUCCUUUGCUGCUUCAGUGUCUUUUUUUUAAACCUCUUCCCCUGAAAAAAAUAAAAAAAUGUUCUGAGUGAAAAAGGAAAAUAAAGAAUGAAAGACAAAAGGAAAAAGAAGGACCGCACUUGGGCUGAGGCGGCCCGUUUGGUCCUGGAAAAACAUCCUAACACACCAAUGACACCAAAGCAGAUAUUACAAGUCAUUCAGAAAGAGGGCUUGAAAGAAAUGAGUGGAACCUCUCCUCUGGCUUGCCUUAACGCCAUGCUACAUACCAAUGCUCGUGUGGAAGAUGGAGCUUUCUGUCGAAUUCCAGGAAAGAUGGGUCUUUAUGCUCUUAAAAAAGAUGAAUUGGUAAUGUCAGCAGAGGGGGUCAUUGAUUUGGAGUGCGAAUCAGAUUUAGACAGCUGUGAAAUGGCUGAGACAAACAACAGUAAUGGAGAGGAAAAUGGAGUUUGUUCCGACCCCAAACCUAUGACUGAUGACAGUUCUUCUCCAACUAGUCCAAGUUUUUCAACUUCAGUUGCGCAAAACAAGGUCUUGUCUUCUACUCAACAACAUACUAAAAAAGCACUAAAACAGGCACUGAAGCAGCAACAAAAGCGGAGGAUUGGUGUUUCGAUGAUGAUGAACAAGGCCAUACCUUGUGUCGUAUUGACGCCACUAAAAGUGCCAGAGGAGCACUCAGAGUCACCAGCAGGGUCUGAAUCAAGCAUAAUUGAACUGAAUGGUUCGGAUAAAGAAUUAAAAGAAGGUUCAAGAUCCUCACCAAGUCUCAUUAAAACAACAGAUCCGCAACUGAAAAAACUCAAAAGAUCCAGCUCAGGGCAGUUAAAACGGACGAGAGGAGAGGAAAUUGAUGUUGAGACCCCAGGAUCUAUCCUAGUAAACACCAACCUGCGAGCUCUAAUAAACAAGCACACAUUUGCCUCUCUACCACAUCACUUCCAACAACAGCUCCUGAUUUUACUACCAGAAGUAGACAGGCAGGUUGGGUGUGAUGGAGUUUCUCGCCUCAGUGCGUCAGCCCUGAAUAAUGAAUUCUUUGCUUACGCAGCACAAGGUUGGAAGGAACGAUUAGCAGAAGGUGAAUUUACUCCAGAAAUGCAGUUACGGAUUCGACAAGAGAUUGAAAAGGAGAAGAAGAUAGAACAAUGGAAAGAAACAUUUUUUGAACAAUAUUAUGGAGAAAAGAUGGGUGUAACACAAGAAGAAGCUAUGAAGCUGGAAUUAGUAAAAGAGUCUUUUGAAAACCAAGACAGCUAUUUAUUUUCAGUACCAUACUCCCUAUCAGAGCCCUGUGAGAUUAUGUCUGGUAUUAAGCAUGAAAGCCAAGAAAGUGUUGUGCCUUAUACAGAUCUAAAGCAAACACAAUGCAAUGUACAGCGAAUCCCAGCCAAAGAACCAUCCAUAACUGCUAAAGAGGAGGAUAUACUAAUAUCCUUGUGUUCAGAAAUUACCUCAAAUGAAUCUGUUAUUCAGGAAGAGAUAGCAGAAGAAGUUGAACUGAAUAUUUGCGGAAUCCUUGGUGAGAAUAGAUCUCCGGAGUCCAGUGCCUGUGACGUUGAGCAGCCUUGCUUGCUUAGCCCUGAUAAAUUGGAACAAGAAGUGCCAGCAGAAGACUUGAAGCCUGUUCUCAUUACACAAAGUAUCAAUGAAUUAGACUCUCAAUCUGAGCACACUGACGACUUACAAAUGCCUCCUUUUGAGAUAUCUAACAUUUCUUCACAACACAUUACUUCUACUUCUGCACCAUAUCAACUUUCUGGUUGCUUUAAUGAAUCUAACAGUAAUUCAUGUGAACUGACACUGAACACAAAUAAUGAGGAAAAUACCCUGGAACAGUGUAGCACUCCUGUGUGCUUACCAACUUCAUCUUAUUGUGGUGAGCUUGGAGCUGUUAUCAAUGUGUCUACUUCACCAGAGAGAAAUAUACAAUGCACAUCUCAACAACGACAUACCUCUGCAUACCCUGAAACCUCUGUACUGACUGAGCAUUCUGAAAGUGAGAACAAAGAACCUGAAAAUCAACUAAGGACAUUUCAGUCCAUCUCUCAGUCACCUAUACGAAUGUCAACACCGUCAGAUUUUUCAACGUCAGCUUCAGCAGAAGGAAGAAAUGACAACAAAGAUAUUGAGCUACAAAAGAGAAAACCAGUGGAACAGCACAGCCUGGAGUUUUGUCAGGAGAAAAGGGCUAGAAUUGAAAAUGACCAGCCCUUUCAGACUUUGCCCAGCAGAGUACAAAGUAAAAAAGAUAUACCCACAAAAGAAGAGCCAAAGGUCCCACCUAUCAAGAUUCACUUGUCAAGAAUCAAGCUUCCUUUUGUCAUCCAGAGCCAUCCAUCCUACCAGAUUUGUCCCAAGACAUCCCCCAGUGUUGUACUGGGUGGAGGAAGAAAUACAGGUGCAAGGACCCUUGCAGAUAUCAAGGCCAGAGCACAACAAGCUAGAGCACAGAGAGAGGCAGCUGCAGCAGCAACAGCUGGAACAACAGGAGAUGGAGGAACCAGCAAUACAGGAUCAAGUGGAGGACAGACCAGAACAUUGGCAGAUAUUAAAGCACAAACAAAGGCAAAAUUACUUGCAAAACAUCUUGCAAGAGCACUGUUACUGCAUUCAGAUGAACAGCCCUCUUGUAAACAAGACAGAACUGCAGAGGGGGAUAUGCAGGACACCAACCUUUCAAAGAGUGAGGAGAUAGUUAAAGCAGGGCACACCCCUUCCAUAAAUACAUUUAUAACGUGCUGUACUGAAAACACCCCUGUUCUAAAAGUAGAUGGCAGUGUCACCAAUGGUGCUAUGUCUUACUCUCCUGAUAUUGCUGCAGUGGCAAACCCUGCUGUCAGUAAUACAGUACCCAACUGUGUCAGUAAUGCUACAAUUCUACACUGCACUGACAAUAUUGCAGUGCCAAGCACUGCUAGUCUUGCUCUGACCACCUUUACAGACAAUAUCACUGUACCCAACUCUAGUGUUGAGGAUCAGUAUCCUCACAAUAUUAUUGAACAGAAAUAUAUUAACAACAUUGGCACGCAAAGCUGUGUUGAUAAUGGCGUCACGUCAAAUCAUGCUAACAGAAAUUCCAUAUCAGGUAGUGCUACUAGUAACACACUGCCAGUUUGUACUAAUGGAAUUAUUGUCCCAAGUACUAGUAAUGUUGGUAAUAAUAUUGUCUCUCCAUAUUCUGCUGACAUUGUUUCCAAAGCUCAUACUGAACAUGGAUCCAUACAAUGUUCACCUGAAGGUAUUGUUUUGUCUGAGUAUUGCGUCAGGGCAAGUUCUCCUAAUAAAAGCUCAACUCCAAACUCUAGUGAUGAUAUGACCGUUCUCAACAGUAAUGAAAAUGAAGUUAAUAACUGCCAUGAUGCUUUUGGGUAUCAGUCUGUUAGUAACACCACACUGUGCGGCUCUGUUACCAGUACUGGCAUUUCGAGUUUCAAUAAUAGUUUGAAUUUUACCAGUGAUAUCAAAAUGCCAACUAACUCCAGUGUUGAAACUAUCCCAAAUUCCACAAACAUGUCACUCAAUCUGAAAUCUAUUUCAACACUCGAGGAAAACAGUAGUAGAGUUACAAAUGCUGAGCUUUUAAACUCUUCAAAACCUCUUAUCGUUACAGAAGGACCCACUAAUCCUGAUAUAGGUUACACUGUAGCUAAUUCACAAACCAUGUUAAGAAACUACUUUUCAAAUUUCAGUAUGGAUUCCCAGGUUGAAAUAGUUAAAACUGAAGAUGCCUUCAACAGUAAAGUACAUUCUCAGGAAUUUGUCAGUAACUGGCCUGAAUCAGAUUGUGAUAAUCAAUUACAAAACAGCAGCAGAAGCAAUUACUGUCAUAUCUUAACAGACCAAGAGAAAGACAGUCAACUGCUACCAUCUAAAGAUUCACAAGGAACGACACCCCACCCUGAAACAACAGACACCAAUGGUCUACGGUUUGAACUUACUGAUCAGCAGCAUCAGACUUUUACGGUUAAAAAAUCAAUGGAUUUAGAAGGAAUGGGUAGUAAUAGCCAGGAGCAAACUGUUUCAGGCCAAAGUAAGCCUAGUCAUCAUGUUAGUGAGGAAACACAAAGUGUGAAUGAAUUAGUGAGUAAUGUUAACGAAAGACACAGUUUGAAUACCCAUAAAGAAUAUGAUGAUAGUACAGUAAAGAAUGAUAAAUUGUAUAGUUAUACAAACCCUGAAGAGACCACAGAUACAAAAAAAAGAACAUUGGAGUCUCUUAGUAUUCUUGUUGAGGCCAAAGCUGACCAGUCUAGGCUUGAGGAACAAUAUUUGGCCUCUGGAACUAAACUAGGACAACAUCCAGAAAAGUGCAAUGCUAUAGAAAAUCACCCUCAAAUUAAUCCAAUGAUAGUCAAUUUGCAAGGAAAAUGUUCUAAACCACCUUUAGGCACAAACGAGUCUCAGACAUUCACACUAGCAGCUACUGAAAACCAAGAAAGAACUUCUGCUCCUGGAAGCACUAAUCGUCACCUUUCAUCAGUUGAAGCCAAUAACCCUCUUGUAACACAGUUGCUGCAAGGCAAUCUGCCAUUGGAGAAAGUACUGCCUCAGCUUAGAUCGGGUGCCAGGCUUGAAAUUAAUCGAUUUCCGUUGCCUUCUCGAGGGUCUGCCGAAUCCAAAGUGACUACAGCCGAUCGAGAUGUCACCAUUAAUAUUCCUCACACUCCUCAGGCCUCAAUGGGGCAUACAUGGGGUACGGUAUGGCAAAUUCAAUGCAAAACCCGUGACAUGCAUAUAAGUAAAAGACAGGCUAAGUCAGUAGGAGAACAGUCACAAAGUAGGUUUAAUCAAGCAAAGCAAUUCACUGCUGUCGGUGUUAAAAUGUGGGCCGAGGAUCAAUCAGGGGAACAGCAGACAUUAUUUAAACAGGAAUGGAUCAACAAAACUUUUAUUCAGCACAAAGUUGCUCAAAGCCCAGUGUUUAAAGAGCACAUGAGAACUUUGCCUUCAUGCAGUUUUGAGCAAAAUUUGUUGACCAGCAGUGACAACAGCAGCAGCUUGAAUGUUGCAGCCCCAGUCUCACAGAGACAGCACACUCACCAAAAAUCUGUUAUUUUGCCAGGAUUGACUGAUUCAGAAACCUCACUGCAAGCCACCCCAGCAACCACACUGGCCUAUGCCACUCCAAAUGCAUUAACAUUCAACCGACCUCUGGAGAGAGGCAGCCCAGCAUUUAACACCGCAACACAAGUCAAUACAUUAACAGACACAGAUCAGGAAAGCACAGAUGCCAUUUUCUCAAAUCACGUUAAAAAUAAGCAAACUGAUAGCAGCUGCAGAGGAAAACAAAGUGUCCAGAAUAAAUCUGUAAAACAUCUUGUGACUCCAAGCGAAUGUGAAGUGCCACCUAAUCAAAACCUAAGAUCUGUUUCUAUGGAAACCAAUAAAAGACCAAGUUUGCUUUCUACAACUGACACCUGUAGCGCAAUUAAAAUGGAGACGUUUUCUGUUGAGGGCUUAAACAAUGGCUGUGCAGUGGAUGUCAAAGAUAUGUCAACUUACCAUAAUGAAGCAAAAGAGCAUAUAAAGGAUUUUGGACCAACAAUGGAUGUAUUUUUAGGCAAAAUAGUAAAUGAAUCUGACUUUUCUUCUCCUCUGCCCUCGGGGUCUGGUAAACCAGUUUCACAGGUUGCUAAUUCAAAACUUCUGCAUCAACAGCAACUCUAUGGCAAUUAUUCUACAUUACAUUUCAGUGGAACUAAUUUAAAACAAGCUGCUUCUGUUAUUGAACAGUCCAUUGGUAGUUUUUUGGGAAGCAGCGGAAACAGCACUAUUACUUUGACUCAUCAGAACACUCCUGUUCCAACUCAUAGAUUUUCUAAUAAUGAUGGUGAAGAACUGGAAUUGAAGUGCUCUUGCAGGCUUAAAGCCAUGAUUAUGUGUAAAGGAUGUGGAGCCUUCUGUCAUGAUGACUGCAUAGGGCCUUCAAAAUUAUGUGUAGCAUGCUUAGUAGUACGAUAGAGAAUGUCUAAUCAAAAGGAUUAUAUCCACCCAAUGUAUAACACAGGAAUACCAAGGUUUUGACUAUACAUGAUCAUGCUAAGGAAUUGUAAAGGGUAUCUUGUAAAUCCUUUGAGAAGUCCAUUGAAUUACGCAAAGUUUCAAGAUUAUAAUGUUUAUUCUAAUUAUAUUCUGGAUUAAUGAAUUUUCUAUAUUCAUUAAAUUCUAAUUCUAGAUGAGUUAGCGAUAGAUGUAGAUGAUUACAAAUGACAGCUGCAUGUUGGUAUGCCAAUUCAGCCCUCAAUGAAUUGGUAGGGAGAGAAGGUUGCACUGGCAAUUCCAUGCAGAAUGCAUCCAAUAAAAAAGAGCAGGGCCAUAAUUCUGUCUUUCUAACAACAGGAAUAGCAUUAGGGUUAUUGGCAGCAUUGUGAGAGCAAGUGUUCGGUCUUUCUCAGUCAAAUGGCAAAUAAGCGAGCAACCCAAAAACACAAAGGUAAAUUAAAAUUAUGGGAAAUAUUUUAUUCUAGGUGCGAUGUAAUAUUAAACACAUUACUUUGAAAGGAUUUCUGUUUUUAAAGGGUUAAAAAUCCUUUUAGAUACUGAAAUAGUUUGCAAGUAGUUUGUCAAGAGAUUUUUUUAUCAUUUACAGAAAAGUGUAUUUUUUACUUUCUUUGUAGGCCUAUUAGAGAAGUUCAAAAUUCUACAAGGUUUGUCUUUGCAAAGAUCUAUUCUUAGGUCUAUCGCAGACUAAUCAACAGUUAUGUUAAUUAUGUGCCAGAAUACUGAAUGCACAAAUUUGCAUACUCCAUGUCUGAAACACUAAAGCCAGCUGAGUUUUUAAAUACAGAAACUAUAUGAGUUGUAUAAAAGGAAAGCUUGGUUAAAUAUUAGCACUAUUUUUUAAGUUUUCUAACAGUAGGUUUUAUAGUCUUCAAAUGAAUUAUGCACCAGGAUGGCGUUAGCACAUCUGAGAUUGAAACACAAUGUGCAUUUGCUUAAGUGUAUUUUUGUGCAGUUUUAUCAUUAUAAUAGGUAGACUACUUUCUCUGAGUCUUCAUCAGUGUGAGGAAUUUUUAGUUGUUUAAAAGCACUGAUAAUUUACAUAAGCUGCUUCUGGGGCUAGUUUAACCCCAAAUUGUGUCAUGAUACUGUAAUUAUCCUGGCAAUGUUAGGCAAAGCAGGGAAUGAUAUUGUUGUAGUUCAUCAAUAUUACAACCAAAUAUACCAAAUGGAAACUUGGUAUAAAACUUGUUUGAUUAGUUAGAUCAUUGAAGUAUUACACAUAAAAAUGUUUUUUUUAAAUUGGGGAAAUUGAUGAAAACAAACAAGUACAAUAUUUUUCAGAGAAAUAUCAUAGCCUGCAUUUAUUUAAAAUAGUGUUACUAUUAACGUUGCUCAUCCAUAUUUGUUACCUUUCUAAUUUACUUUCAUCAUGCAAUAGCACUUUGUAAGAGUAUGCAGCAAACACAACAAAUGUAGAAUUGAUUGAACUUGUUUUUUUGUGAUAUAUUUGUUAGUUAAUGGAAUAUGGUUGGAUCAUGCAAUUUUUUUUCAUCUUUUUAAUGAAAUUUAUGUGUUGCACAAAAACGCGAGGAUCUCACAGGACAUUGGUGCUGCUAAACUGGGUUACUAGGUAUUUAUAGACCAUUGUAAGCUUAUAGUCCAAGAAAUUAUCAAUGAAAAGCAUCAUGUGUAAUUUCAACGAUCUUUAAAAUCACGUAACAAUGCUAUUCACCUCUGAUGUGAUGGAACCUUAUUUGCUGCUAUCACUAACUGUUUUAAUUGAAUUAAUCUUUAAUGACUAAUCAUUUUCAAAGGCUUUGUUUCAUACCCUCCUCCCUAGAAUUUGAAUAACUCAUAACUCAUGGAAUCACUCAUAAUUUCAUAACAAUUGCCCAAUCUUCAUUUGUAAACAUGGGCAAUGAUUACUAGUAUGCGGAAUGUUGAGUCACAAGAAUGCUGACUGUGAUCUUAUCUACACAUGUGUGGAUAGAUAUUAUUGCUGUUUGACUCAACCACAGUCUGUGACAACCCUAUAGUGACCAUUUCCAAGAGGCCCCACAUAAAUAAAAACCAAUUAGGCAGCAAUUGGAUAAGUGUUCUCAUUUCUGGGCUUUGCAAGAUUGAUGUCUUUUGCUGCCAACCAAUCAGAGGCCAGUAGACCUCCAGGCCAGUCAGGCAAGUCUGGGGGAAGGAAAUCAAUUUAAAGGGAGGAAGGCCUAUCCACAGAAUUGACAACAAAAACCAGCAAAGAGCCCAUGUUCUCAUCCUAGACCUGCUGUUUAGUAGCCUAAUGACAUUACCACCACAUUAACAUCCACCCUCAUCUGCUAUCCUGUAUAAUGUCUGUCGAUAGGAUUCUGAGCUGGGUUAAGGUUUAGCACCUUCCUGGUCUAUAUAACUCAGCACUUAUCAGCAAAUCAAGAGUUCUAUAAUUUAAUAGACCCAUUGUUUUGUUUUUCCUGCGCAUUAAACAAAUUUAAAAUGAGUAUAGAAUUUCAAUCAGAAAGCAAACCAAUUUUUAUACUUAGACUCAGGUAGAGUAAGUUAAAUUGACCCAGUAAAUUAAUGCAUCCCAAUCGAGUGAUAGGAAUCACCAUUGUAAAAUGCAUUUUCUAAAUUUUAUCUGCACUGCAGAUGCAUUUUCUAUCUGCGCUGCAGAUAGUUGUCACCUGAAGCCCAUCAUAUAGUUUCCUCAGCUAGAUAUUGUUUGUUUGCAUGUGUCCUGCUAUCAAUGGUAUCUGUGCCUGUUGGUCAAAAGUAAAAGGUGCAGCAGGAACUUGCAAGGUGGAAAAAAUCAAAUAAAUUAACAUACACUUCAGUACUUUGCCAAUGUUAAUGAAUACUACAUUGUCUUAACUCCAUCAAAAGCAAUGUGCUCAGAGUAUAGAAACAGUUCUGUUAAAUUUAACUUAAAUAAUCUAAAGCUUGGUAAUUGUCCAUGGCAGUUGAAGUAGUUAUUCUAUCUCUGUUCUUGAUGAUCAGAUUUAAUGUAUGAGUUUGUUAUUCACCAUUGACUGAUAGAUUGCAUAUCUGAAUGAUUACCUGGUCAACUAAAUAGUUUCCAGAUCAUAAUUAUUGGAUCCAUUGUGUUAGAUUCAUAAAACCAGAUAGAUUUGUUCCCUGAAAUGCCAUUAGUAAAAGAUCAGCAAUUAUGCUCAGGACUCUGUCUCUUGUAUAAAGGGAAAAAAAGCACUAUAAAAAGGGUAUUAAUGGGGAUUUGUUUUUAUUGUUUUCUUGUUUUGGUGUGAAAAAGCAAUGGUUAAAGUGUUUUUUAGAAAUGCAUUUUACUUAACUUUCAUAAACUUUUAUUAAUAUGAUCUCAAGAGUGCUUGUAAAACUUGAACCAUAAACAUGACAGUAAGCAUUGGUUGCUAACAAUUAUGAACAUUAUUACACAUAUACAAAUGCAGAAUAAAUUAACACAGCAGCCGGCAUUAAUGUAACAAGAAUUAAUUGCUUUAUAUGUUAAGAUGUAUUUUAAAAUCUUCAAUAUGAGCCAUUUCAAACUAUUUAGAGUAAAAUUCCAUUUAGUUUUCAAAAUGUCGUUGCCCGUUGCUAUUGCAAGACCUACUUCACAAUUCUUCCCAGUAACAGUUGUGUCAUUUUGCUUAUUUUAAAUAAUUUUAGUGCGAAAAUGGCUGAAUUGGAAUAGAAUACCUACAGUGUGGAAAUAGGCCAUUCAGCCCAACAAGUCCACACUGACCUUCUGAAAAGCAUCCCAAUGGCCCAGACUCAUUGCCCUACCUUACCCCUUUGACCCUGCAUUUCCCAUGGCUAAUGCACCUAACCUACACAUACCAGGGCCUUACAGGAUAAUAUAGCAUGGCCACCUAACCUGCAUAUGUUUGGACUGUGAGAGGAAACCCACACAGACACAGGGAGAACAUGCAAACUCCACGCCAUUGGAAUUAAACCCACUCUUCAGGGAAAUAAUUUGUAAAUGUGAAUGUUAGUUUAAGGCACAGGUUCAAACCUUAAGCUCCGUUUCCAAACCACAUGCUGUGCCCUUUAAGUUGUAACUUCAGAUGCUUUUUCUUCCAACAAUUGGACAAACAUUCUUUUUUAAUUAGAAAUUUACAAAAAGUGUUCUAUAAAAUUUUGAGAAUAAAUCAUUGAUUUUAAAAGCUCUAAAUUGUACAAGUGCAACUGGAUAUUUCUGCAUCCAUUUCAUCAACUUGGAAGGAAAUAAAGUUGAACUACUUGUACAUAAAUCCAUUUAACGUAACUAGAACCGGUGUGACUUCCCAAAUUUCUGGUUUAAAAUAAAUCUAUCAACUUAUAUUCCAAACAUUUAAAAUUAAGUUAAUUUCAAGAAAAGCUUUAAAGUGCAUAGGAAAUAAUAAGCCAAUGGGACUGGGGAUAAUUGUUUCAGAGAGACAGAACUAAUACAAUAGGCUAAUUACUCAGUUAUAGAGCUUUAACAUUUUAUGACUAUAUGUAUAAAUUAUAUAAUCUUUACUUUUGACUUUCUUCAUGCAUUAUGGCCCUGUUGAAGGAAUAAACAAAAGUGGUUCAAUUGUGGUUCUCAGCUUUUGAUGCGUUUGAUAACAUUUAACUGGUGAUUGCGCCAUCUCCUUUUAUAUUUCAACCAUUUGUUCACUUUCUUGUUAUUAUGUAAGCAAAUGCUCUCCUUUAAUAUAAUAUUGUAUUCAUGGUAUCUCAUUGAUCCAGACUAUCUAUAUUGACAAAUAUGGUUUAAAAUAUCAUUCAACCAUAUGACAUGUACUAUAAUAAUCAUUUUGUUGCAGUUUCUUUUUUUCUGUUCUGUUUACCAAAGAUAAAUUGAGUCAAGUUGCAUAAAUUCAGAAAUCGUUUACAAAGUCCUCUGAAGAGGCAGUUUAUUUUCUUCUCAGUGCAUUUCUAUUAUUUAACAUGUAUUGCCUAACAGUGACUGACAGAACAACUAGCCAAUCCAAAUUUUCAUAAAUAAACAAUGUGUUUAAUUUGUUGUAAAUUCAGGGAAUCACAUUUUGCAUUGUGUGUUAUCUUUCUGUUUUCG